ACAUUCUAAGAGGAAGUACACAAACAAUACAGACUGGGGAAAUAGGCGUACAGAGAGAAGACGCUAAAGAUUUUUAAACGUUUAAAUUAACAUUUUCGCCAGUUUAUUACUGAGCUUUGAACAAUGUAGUAGCAAGAAAACAUAUCAUAGGUUCAAACCGUAUGUUCAGUAUUUAUAGAGACGAAAGAUAACGACUGCUAUAUGGCUAAUAGUAAUUUACAGAAAGCCAUUGACUUGGCCACCAAGGCUUCGGAGGAGGACAAAGCCAAAAACUACAAGGAAGCUUUGCGCCUCUAUGAGCAUUCAAUUCAAUACUUUCUACAUGUGGUGAAGUAUGAUGCUCAGGGUGACAAGGCCAAGCAAAGCAUAAGGGCGAAGUGUGCAGAAUAUCUGGACAGAGCCGAGCAGCUGAAAGAAUAUCUAAAAAAGGCGGAAAAGCAGCCACCUGCCAAACCUGUGAAAGAGUCCAGCGACAAAGGGAAUGAGAGUGAUGACGGUGAUAAUUCAGAGAAGAAGAAAUUUCAGAAUCAGCUUCAAGGUGCCAUUGUCAUGGAGAAGCCAAAUAUUAAGUGGGAUGAUGUUGCUGGCUUAGAAGGAGCCAAAGAGGCACUGAAAGAGGCGGUCAUUCUACCCAUUAAAUUUCCUCACCUUUUCACAGGAAAAAGAACUCCAUGGAAAGGGAUCUUGCUUUUUGGCCCUCCAGGUACAGGGAAAUCAUACCUAGCUAAAGCAGUAGCUACUGAGGCCAACAACUCAACCUUCUUCUCCAUCUCCUCCUCUGAUUUGGUGUCCAAAUGGCUCGGUGAGAGUGAGAAAUUGGUGAAGAACCUGUUUAGUUUGGCUCGACAAAACAAACCAUCCAUCAUCUUCAUUGACGAGAUUGACUCGCUGUGCGGCUCCAGGAGCGAUAACGAGAGCGAAGCAGCUCGCCGAAUAAAGACAGAGUUCCUGGUUCAGAUGCAAGGUGUUGGAAAUGAUAGUGAGGGAAUUCUGGUUCUCGGAGCAACCAAUAUACCAUGGACUCUAGAUUCUGCCAUCAGAAGAAGGUUUGAGAAACGUAUUUACAUCCCACUUCCUGAGGAACACGCAAGAUCAAUCAUGUUCAAGCUCAACCUCGGUACAACCCCCAACAGCCUCACUGAAAAAGACUUCAUUACGCUGGGACAGAAGACCGUGCACUAUUCGGGUGCAGACAUCAGCAUCAUUGUCAGGGACGCUCUCAUGCAGCCCAUCCGCAAAGUUCAGUCAGCUACUCACUUCAAAAAGGUCCGUGGAAAACCGUGGAACAAUCAGGAGGUAUUAGAGGAUGAUCUACUGACACCUUGCUCUCCAAGUGACCCAAACGCAGUAAAGAUGACGUGGGUAGAUGUGGAGGCUGACAAACUGCUGGAGCCCAUCGUCAGCAUGGAGGACAUGCUCAGGUCGGUGGAAAAAAACAAACCCACUGUGAACGAUGAAGACCUGAAGAAGCUGGUGAAGUUUACUGAGGACUUUGGCCAAGAAGGCUAACUACAAAGCAACCAUAAUAUACAAAAAAACACCCUUUGUACUAUGCUUUUUUUAUUCCAUUUUAUUUUUGUACUCAGAGUUUAUUCUUAAAUCUAUACUCUUUAAUAAACUUUGUGGAAUAGAAGCUAUAUUAAUGUAGCUUGUUGAACUGUUUACUACUUUAUAUAGUGUGACCAUGGAACUGAGAUCUUAUUUAUUGUAUGUGGGAGUUAAAUUAAGCUGUGAGUGGGUACUUGCUAAAAUGUCUUAUUUUUUUUAUUGUUAUUAUUAUAUCUAAUGUAUAUGUAUUGGGCAUGCACUUGAUUGCUGGUUUAAUUAAGAAUUCUAUGUUAAUACUCAUUGGACAUUUUAUUAUCUAACAUCCCAGAAAGAAUAAGUAUUAUAAAUGUGUUUGGCCAGAAAAUGGCAAUUAA